GUAUAUGAAUAUAAACAAAAUUUAACUAUUUAUUGAUUACUUUUAGCAAAGAAGAACAAUAUUAAAAAUGAAUUUUACAAAAAUAUAGGUAAUUAAUGUCACUGGACGUUUAUUUUUUUUUUUAAUGCUGCUGGAAAUUACAAAAAACAAAAAUAUUGACAAUUGGGUGUCGCUGACCAUAUUUCUAAAUGCAAAUUUUAUGGCAGACUAUUUUUCGCAGUCGCAAAACCAGUUAGAUUCUGAAAAAGAUCCGAAUUCAGAUCUCUGUUGUUGCGAAUAUAUAGAUCACCAAAAUAAACGUUAUCACAUUCUUGCCUGCUGCUGCAAUUGUGAAGACUUUGACAAAGUAUUUACUGAUUGGCUUACCUGUCGACGCAUCGACCGAUCUCGUAAACGCAAUAUGUUGUUAUCUUUUCARGACCGCCUACGUAUACCAUGGCAUGGUGGGGCAAAACAAGUUACAUUUGAUACUCUUGCCCCCGUAUUCAUUAUACCGCUACUAAUAAGUAUAGCGGCGAUAAAUGCAUAUACGUGUGUUGUAAUCUUUGUAGCAUGUUCUGUGAUCAUGUGUUACGCAUAUAAUUACAUUCACCGUAAUGCAGGACAUACUACCUUCUUCAGUAUUUGGAAUCUUUCAUCUUUAAUUUAUUUAUUAUUGCUAUUUGAGUUUACUGUACCACUAUUGGAAGUACUACCCGAAGAAAAUGUGGUUUUAGCGCUUCUCUCUAUAAUAUCUGUGUUUUGUUUUUGGCAAACUCGUAAACGAGCCGUUUUAAAUAGAGUCAUACAACCUCUCACUGGGGGCAGCGAGCUGCCAGAUAUUGCAGAAACAAGCGUUAAUGAGGAGAAUGAAACAGAGCAAACAACAUUAUUGAUUGAGCAAGAUUUGGAUGAGGUACAAUCAUUGGAUGGUAUCAACAGUAAUCAGCCAAAUCUCUGCGCAACUUGUCGCAAGUGUGUGCCGGCAAGAACUGCACAUUGUCCUGUUUGCAGAGCUUGUAUUAAACGCCUUGAUCACCACAGUUAUUGGCUAAAUUGCUGUAUAGGCGAAAGUAAUCAUCGCUACUAUAUUGUAGGAAUGAUUUUUGGAGCUUUAGCUUUGAUAGUGGGUGCUGAUUUGACACUAACAGCGGUGUGUCAUCCAUUUUUAGCUGCUAACAUUGCAGGCGUGCAAAUUUUGCUACCAGACGAUUGCACUGAAAUUUUCGAGAUGUAUGAAUUAUCCGUAGCUUUUGUUAUUGCUAUUUACGCUUUAAUUAUAUCACAAUAUAUAUUGGUGAUGCUUGUGCAACAGGGGUAUAUGAUCUCACGCGGAAUAACAGUACAGGAAUGGAAGAGCGGCUUGCGGGGAAAUAACAAAACAGUGAAAUACAACUGCAAAAGUUUUGCUCUCUAAAAGGUAAAAUGUGUGAAGUCCACCAAAUAAAAAUUUGGCAUCAGCACAAAUUCUACUAACUAAGCUAGUGUCGCGUGUACUAAAUAAACCAAAGAGAAAGAAUUAUGCUUCAUAUGAAUUGCAUUAAAAAUAAUAAUUAUUCCUUGUAUGAUAAUAUAGUAACUUUGCAUAUAUUACCGUUAGUUUAACAUUAAUUCGUCAUCCUACUUAGGGACUGCAACUACUUACAACAACAACUAUUCUUUCAAGUGUGACAUUAAUUUUGUGCUCUCUAAAAAAGCUUUCAACUAAUUCGAGUUAUGUAUAUGAAACUGAUUAACUAACUUAUUAGAUUGUGGUAAUAAGUGAUAUGAAAUAAAAUUCAACUCUGUAAAAA